AUGAAUAGUAGAAUUUCCCCUCUUAUUGCUUUCCUGCUUCUUUUUUUCUUUCUGGGUUUUCAAUCCACCAAUAAUACUAUCACAGAUACCAUCCUACCUGGUCAAUCACUGACACACCUUGAGAGCAUUGAGUCGCCUAAUGGAAUCUUCGAACUUUGUUUCUUCUCUCCAGGAAAUUCGACAAAGUAUUACUUGGCAAUACGAUUCAAGAAUGUUUCUAAGCUGAGUGUAGUUUGGGUUGCGAACAGAAAGUACCCAUUCCCUGAUUCCAAUCCUGUUCCCAAUAUUAAUCAGGAUGGAGAUCUUGUAAUAUCUAAUGGCACAAUGACAUUCGCCAUGACCAACACAUCAGCUGGCAACGGUACCCAUGCCAUGCUAUUGGAUACAAGUAAUCUUAUACUCACAAACAAGGUCUUAGAGCUUUUUUGGCAAAGCUUUGACUAUCCUACUGAUACUCUUUUGCCCGGAAUGACUCUCGAAUAUAGUCGGCCAUUAACAUUGUGGAAAAGUAAAAAAGACCCAGCUCUUGAUAAUUUCACCCUACAGCUGGAUUACUCACUGACAAUAAUGGAGGGGCCUGACGUAUAUUGGACUGGUUCACUCGCUAGCUUUGAUGUUUUGUCUUCUAAUUCUUGGCCUACUAUUAAUUACAUUUCUCAAACUCAAAUUUCGAGAAUCGUGUUGGAUGAAACUGGGAAGCUUAAACUGCAAUCAUGGUUAGAAGAAGAGAAAACGUGGAAUACCUCGUUACAAUCAUCCAGGUGUGGGGAUUAUGCUUUAUGCGGUGCUUUUAGUGUAUGCAAUGAGACUGCGCAAGAACCAUGUGGAUGUUUGCCAGGUUUCACACCCGUUUCUGCUGGUGCUUGGAGCAAAGGAGACGUGUCCAGCGGCUGUGAGAGGAAAACUGCUCUGCAGUGCAGUAAUAAUAGUGAUGUUCAAAAGGAUGGGUUUCUUCGCAUGUCUAAAGUUGAUUGGCUUGAUAAUAAUACGCUGAGAUCGAAGAUUAGCAGUGAUAAGGAGUGCCAAUCAUCUUGCUUGAACAAGUAUGAUGCUCCUGUUGGGACUAAUGCGUGCAAGCUUGUCAAUCAAAUUGGUGUACAAGUGCGAAGUAAUUUGUCCAGUUACAAUGUGAAAAAUUGGAAAAGUGUUGAUGCUGCUACUAGAGAUGUGGUGCUUCAAAGUAUCGCGGAAAAAUCAAGAAUUAACUCUGAAAAUAGGAGCAAAACUUCAAGGAAACAUAGAUGCGGGUCAAAGGCACUUGCUGUUAGGGUUGAUGAGGAGGAAACUAUUCUCAAAGUGCAAGAGGAUCAUUGUCAAGAUCCUAAUGCAAUUCCCCUUACACAAGAGGAGAUCUCAAACUUGGUUUUUAAGAAGAAAUCCGGUAUUGUAAAAGGACUUGGCAUGAGACCUUCCUCUUCUCUAGUAACCACUGCCUCAUCUAGUUCGGUGGAGUAUAUUCAUCGGUUAGAAAGUGAGAUAAUUGAGCUCAAAGAGGCAAGAGCUAGGGAUGAAGAGAAGUGA